UGCUAACAGAGCUAUAUAUGUGUAUAAAGGAUUAGGAGCUCUAGAGAAAAACAACACAGUCUUGAUGUCACAGUUAAAGCGCUAUGUAAAUCUCCAUAUUCAUUCUAUUCAGUUUAUAUCUCCAGAAGAAACUAUAAAAGUUCUGGCAACAGGUGAUACAUCAGGCUCUUUUCAUGGCCCAAUGGCACUUUGAUAAGUACAUUUUUACCAUUUAGCUGUUUAUCUCUUAUUUCACAAGUUUUAUCGUAUUUUAUACAGCCUUUCUUGCUCUUGAUUCCAUCUUCACCAUGUGUAUAUCCUACAUUCAUACGCAUAUUACGUAGUACAUGUAGUUCCAAAUUUAGGAUCAGAAAACAGUGAUUUUAAACAAUUUACAAUAAGCAUCAAUAUACUUGCACGAAAAGCAUUUCAUAAGAUGAUCAAAUAUUUAGUUCAAAACAUAAAUGUUAGAUAUUAGAAACUUUUACAAGAUUUCUGUAAAUUAACUGUUGACAGAGGUAUAGUGGGAGUAGCACAUGGAACUCUGGGUAGAGAAUGGUGAAAAGGAUCUUAUAUUUUGGGUUCAAAAUCCCCCCCCAAAAUAAUUAUCAUCUAAUAAAGCUGGCAAUGUCGACAAGCAAUGAAUGUCAAAGAGAACUUUAGUAAGAGAAAUAGACACACAUGUACUAAAUGUCCUACAUGUUUUAAGGAGGCAAUACUACAUCGUCAUAAUGGCUGAUUCCCUUUUGAAACCUAUUGAAUGAAAAUAUAGAUAUCAGCUAUAUUUGAAACCUCAAAGGAAAAUUGAUGGAAAAUAAAUAUAAAUUAACCAAUGGAAUUAUAUAUUAUAUUUGUUGUAAAGCUGAGAAUUCAAUCAUACAAGUAGUAUUAUUUGUGGUAAUGUUAGCUUACAUGGCCUUCCUCUAGCUCUGACUAGUGGAUUAAUGCUUUACUGGACUGUUGUGCCAGAUCCUCAACAGAGGCACAGAUUUGACUCCAUUACAUUUUUGCCUUAGAUAUAUAUACAUGUAUAUAUAUACAAAUUGUAAUGAUAGCCAUUUCCUCAUGAACAUGUAACCGCCGCAGUGGUCUAGAGGUAUAGCGUUUGCCCGGCAUAUGGGAAGUCAGGGUUUGAAUUUCAGCCGUGACAGACAUAAGACGUUAAAACAGGUAGUGACAGUUCAAUUGCCAAACGUUCGGCAUCAGGUGUGAAUGUCACGGGUCCACAGAGAUAACUUCAAAAACGGAUGUCCCGUGUCACAGUAGGUGUGACACACUAAAGAACCCUAACUGCUCAAUAUCCGUAAGCGUCGAGCAUAGGCCUAAAUUUGAAGCCCCUCGUGAGUAUUGGUGAUGUCUCCAUGUGAGUGAAAAAUUCUUGAGAGGGACGUUAAACAAGAUACAAUCAAUGAAUCAUGAACAUGCUGCAGUUGUAAACUAUGUAUAAAUACUAGAUAGAUAUAGUACAUCUAUUUUAACAGAUGGACAACAGAAAUGAGGGUGUGAACUACAGUGCUUAAUGAAAGCAGACUUUUCAUGGAGUACGCUGGCGUGAAGUGUCACAGUUCAUACCUUCAUGUAUUUUUAGAAAUGAUAUUUAUUUCUUGGGUGACUUGUCCAACAGACAAAUAGGUAUAUACAUGUGUGUAUAUAUAUAUAUAUAUAUAAAGCACAAACAAACAAUUAUAACACCCAACCUUACAUUUACCCCUAGGAUCUAAACGAUACAUGUGAUAAUCAAUUAAUUAAUUACUAUAUAAAGCACUAAAUAAUCACAACUAGGUACUGAAAAUUUUCGCCCCAGCCCGGGGUCGAACCAGCGACGUAUAUUUGUUCAUGUUGAUUCCUGGUUCAUGAAAAAUGCUUCUGUCAAACCACAAACCAUUUGUUGUACUUGUGAACUAUCUGACAAUGUUAGUGUGAAGAAUUUGGUUAUUUGAUGAAUAACAUGGACACAACUUGAACUGAAAAUCUUCAAAUUUUGUUUUUCCAUAUUUAUUGUUUGCAAUGCUUAAAUACAGUAUUUCUAAUGGUCAACCAAAAUUUUAAUAUCAAUUGUUGGGUUAUAAAUGAGAUACAGCACUUGCAAUUUUUUGUUAUGUAAACAAGGCCCAUGCCAUGUUUUUAUUUACUUAUAGAUUGUUUAAUAGAAAAUAACAUGUUUCAAACAAAAUGAGAUAUGCCAAACACUAGAAACUGUUUAAUUGUGUUCAGAAUUAACUUGUGAAUUUGAAAAAAAAUCUGCUUUAAACGAAACAUUUACUUGUAUAUCUAACCUAUGUAAACAGAAGUGUGGCACCAGCCUGUUUACAUAAUAAAGAAUUGUGAACUCUGUAUCACCCAUGUAUCUUGACAACUGACAUUAACAAAUUUUUGCUGACCAAUAGAAAUACAUGUACUUUACUUAAGUAUUCUAAGCAUUAAAAAUGGAAAAAUAAAAUUUUAAAAUUUUCAGCUCAAAUCGUGUCCAUGCCCCUUUAAUGUGAAGAAUUUGGUUCUUUAUGACAGGUGCGUGGCGAGAUUCAGCAGCUCUGUAUGUUAUUGGGGGUGGAUAUGACCUUGGACUCAUCAAAGCUCUGGGACCAGAAGGUAUGAACAAGAUUCAAGAGUUUGUACAGAGAGGAGGCUCAUACUUGGGGAUAUGCUCAGGGGCAUAUUUUGCCUGCAGCUAUAUUGAGUUUGACAAAGGCGGACCCCUGGAAGUCUGUGGAGAUAGGCAUCUGAAAUUCUACCCAGGAGGAAAAAUUGGGCCUGUAUAUGGACCUUACAAGUACAACUCGGACUUUGGAUCUAGAUCAGUAACUUUAUCUUGCCACAUUCCUCAACCAAUCAUAUUGACUGACAAAGUCACAUGUCCCGAUACACAGAACAGAGUUGAGAUGGGACAAUUUGAUAUGUUUGUCAAUGGUGGAGGGUUCUUUCAUCCUCACCCAAAGGGGAGUUUUGAGACCAUAAAAAUCAGGGAUGGAUAUCACAAAGAUAACAGUGAAACUCAGGAGCAGACAUACUUCAUGGAACUGGCCAGAUCUGAUACAUUAAUUCACUCAGUUAAUUCAAGUCAGGAAAAUCAACAGAGGAAUACCUCUAAUUUAUCCCACGAGGAACACGGUGUACAAGUUUUGUGUUCUUUCUCUGGAAUUAAAGGGGCACCUGCUGCCAUUGUGAAGUGUUGUGUUGGAGAAGGACAAGCCAUUCUUAGUUCUGUACAUAUUGAAUAUGACAGCCAAUGUUUAGACUCUGAUGAUGUGCAUUUAAAACCAGUCAUUGAAUGUAUGAAAAAUUUUGACAUGGAACAAAGUGUAAUGUUCAGGUAUAUGUUAAAAUCUUUAGGUAUAAGUAUCAAUUUAGAAACUUAGUUGAUAGACAUAGGAUGAUAAUAUAAUUAUGUGAAUUAAAAGUCUUAUUUAAAUAUA